CAACCUCACUCCUGAUAGAUUUCGAUGCACUUGAUUGCUGUUUGCCUGCAUCUUUUCUGCAGUGGUCCAGCUUCAGAUUAACUCCACGCUCUCUUCGUUCUCUCCUUCCGACUUCCGCCGCUCGCUGAUGCAGGUUGAAGUUCUGUUGCGAACCCUUAGACUCAGCAGCUAUUCUGCCCGUUCUUGAAGGACGUUGAAGAGGACCACAAGGCCCCGUCCAAGCAGCCUCAAUGGCGCACAACUACGAUGUCGGCACCAAGGCCUGGCAGCCAGAUGUCACUGAUGGAUGGAUGGCUUCCGAGGUCACCUCCAAGACGGCCGAGGGGGACAAAAUCCUCCUCGUCUUCACUCUGGCCAACGGUGAGGUAAGAUAUCCAUGGGAAUGGUCCGGACAGAACCGCGGCUGACGAUCUGGUAUGGCAGACCAAGACGGUAGAAACGACGGAGGAAGAACUUGCCUCUGAUGACCAGUCGAAACUCCCUCCACUUAUGAACCCGACCAUGCUAGAGGCUAGCGAUGACUUGACGAAUUUAUCACAUCUUAAUGAGCCUGCUGGUAGGAACCCCCCGAUACGAUGACUAGGGAGCGUGUGCUGAUCUCCCAUUUUAGUGCUCCAAGCUAUCAAGCUUCGGUAUUCACAAAAGGAGAUUUACACAUACAGCGGUAUCGUUCUUAUCGCAGCCAAUCCUUUCGCUAGAGUGGAUUCAUUAUAUGUGCCUGGAAUGGUACAGGUAUACGCGGGAAAACAGAGAGCUACACAGGCUCCCCAUUUGUUUGCAAUUGCAGAGGAAGCAUUUGCGUAGGUUCGCCUGCACCAUAUCCGGAAAAAAAACUAACGAGUUUCAGUGACAUGUUACGAAGUGGAAAGAAUCAGACUGUAGUGGUCUCUGGAGAGUCUGGUGCUGGAAAGACUGUGAGCGCGAAAUAUAUCAUGCGGUACUUUGCAACAAGAGAAUCCCCGGAUCAACCAGGGUCAAAGACGAAACGGGGAACAGAGCAGAUGAGUGAGACGGAAGAGCAGAUUCUUGCGACGAAUCCCAUUAUGGAAUCCUUUGGAAAUGCGAAAACGACACGAAACGACAACUCGUCACGAUUUGGAAAAUACAUCGAGAUUAUGUUUGACGAUAAAACCACGAUUAUUGGUGCCAAGAUUCGCACCUACCUUUUGGAACGAUCAAGACUGGUGUUUCAACCAUUGAAGGAGCGAAAUUACCAUGUUUUCUACCAACUUUGUGCUGGUGUGACGGAAGAGCAGCGCCAACUGCUUCAAUUGUUGCCAGUGGAACAAUACGAGUAUCUUAACCAGGGAAGUGCUCCAACUAUACCCGGGGUAGACGACAAGUUUGAAUUUGACUUGCUUAAGAAGGCAAUGGGAGUAAUUGGAGUUGAUGAGGCUCAGCAGACAGAGAUCUUCAAGCUUCUCGCUGCUUUGUUGCAUCUGGGAAAUAUUAAAAUCACGGCUUCGCGAACGGAUUCCGUCCUGCCACCGGAUGAGCCAUCCUUGUUGAUAGCUGCGGGAAUACUCGGGGUUGAUCCCGUGGAAUUUGCCAAGUGGACCGUUAAAAAGCAACUGAUUACAAGAGGGGAGAAGAUUACCUCGAAUUUGACGCAACAGCAAGCAAUUGUCGUCAGAGAUUCCGUUGCCAAGUUCAUCUACUCGAGUCUUUUCGACUGGUUGGUAGAGAACAUCAAUCGAGCUCUCGCAACCGACGCAGUUUUAGCACGUGUCAAGUCGUUCAUUGGAGUUCUUGAUAUCUACGGAUUCGAGCAUUUUGCUAAGAACUCUUUCGAACAGUUCUGUAUCAACUACGCCAACGAGAAACUCCAACAGGAGUUCAAUGCCCACGUGUUCAAAUUAGAACAAGAAGAAUAUCUCAAGGAGCAAAUCGAUUGGACUUUUAUUGAUUUCUCCGACAACCAACCUUGUAUUGACUUGAUUGAAGGAAAGCUCGGUAUUCUCUCCCUCCUGGACGAAGAGUCCAGAUUACCCAUGGGUUCCGAUGAACAGUUCGUUACCAAACUACACCAUAAUUAUGCUGCAGACAAGAACAAGUUUUACAAGAAGCCUAGAUUUGGAAAAUCCUCGUUCACAGUUUGCCAUUAUGCCGUUGAUGUUACAUACGAGUCGGACGGUUUCAUUGACAAGAAUCGUGAUACGGUCCCCGAUGAGCAUAUGGCAGUCAUGAGAGCGUCGUCUAAUGAGUUUUUGGGACAGGUUCUGGAUGCUGCAUCAGCAGUUCGGGAGAAGGAUACCGCUUCCGCUGCGUCAGCUGCAGUGAAACCAGCCGCCGGUCGUAGAAUUGGAGUAGCCGUGAACCGUAAGCCUACACUUGGUGGUAUCUUCAAGUCAUCGUUGAUCGAGCUCAUGCAUACUAUCAAUGGUACCGAUGUCCACUACAUUCGUUGCAUCAAACCCAACGAGAGCAAAGAAUCUUGGGUAUGGGAAGGGCCUAUGGUUUUGAGUCAACUUCGAGCUUGUGGUGUACUCGAAACGGUUAGAAUCAGUUGCGCUGGAUACCCCACAAGAUGGACCUAUGAGGAAUUUGCUCUUCGAUAUUACAUGUUGACGCCAUCUUCGCAGUGGACCUCUGAGAUUAGGGACAUGGCGAACAAAAUUCUUGUCAAAGCACUUGGAGCUGGAACCGGACAAGGUCUCGACAAGUACCAACUUGGUUUGACCAAGAUCUUUUUCAGAGCCGGUAUGCUUGCUUUCCUGGAGAACCUACGAACCACCCGGCUCAACGACUGUGCCAUCAUGAUCCAAAAGAACUUGAAGGCAAAGUACUACCGCCGGAAAUACCUCGAAGCACGAAAUGCUAUCCUUUUGUUCCAAUCUGUCACCAGAGCUCAUCUCACCCGAAAACAUGCUCAAGAAACCAGAAAAAUCAAAGCUGCCACCACUAUUCAAAGAGUUUGGCGUGGUCAGAAACAGCGAAGGAGUUUCUUGGCUAUUCGAAACAAUGUUAUUCUUGCACAAGCAGCUGCCAAGGGUUUCUUGCGCAGAAGAGAGAUUAUGGAGACACGUGUUGGCAAUGCCGCAAUCCUUAUUCAGAGAGUCUGGCGCUCAAGACAACAAAUGAAGACUUGGAGACAAUACAGACGCAAGGUUGUCAUUAUUCAGAGUUUGUGGAGAGGUAAACAGGCACGUCGUGGAUACAAGAAGGUCCGUGAGGAAGCACGCGAUCUCAAGCAGAUUUCCUAUAAGCUUGAGAACAAGGUCGUCGAGCUCACCCAAUCCCUUGGCUCGAUGAAGAGAGAGAACAAGGCGUUGGCCAGUAAGGUUGAAAGUUACGAGAAUCAAAUCGCCUCGUGGAAAAACAGACACAAUGCUUUGGAGACCCAAUCAAAAGAGUUACAGAGAGAGGCCAACCAGGCUGGUAUCACAGCUGCACGUUUGUCGGCAAUGGAAGACGAGAUGAAAAAGUUACAGGUCAGCUUUGACGAGUCCGCCGCAAACAUCAAACGUCUACAGGAAGAGGAGAAAGAGCUCCGUGAGAAUCUCAGAAUAUCUACUCUGGAGAUUGAAAACACAAAGAAGGUUAGCUCUGAACAUGAAAACGAGAAAAAUACCCUCAAACAACAACUUGUCGAUCUUCAAGAUCAACUUGAGAUGGCCAGACGUGCUGUGCCAAUCAUGCCUACAAACGGGGAUGCUAACGGUACUGUUCAAAUUCCUCAGAACGGCCUCAUCAACCUGGUCUCAUCAAAGAAGCCUAUGAAGCGUCGCAGCGCCGGUGCAGAACCUAUCACUCAGAUUGACAGAAUUAGCGCGGCCUACAAUCCUCGUCCCGUUUCCAUGGCGGUCACAGGAAGUAACUUGCAGAGACAAGCCCUCACUGGCUCUGGGUUUGUUCCAGGUGUUGACAAUGUUGAGUUUGAACUUGAGAACUUAUUGGCUGAUGAAGAUGGACUGAAUGACGAAGUCACAAUGGGCUUGAUUAGAAACCUUAAGAUACCGGCCCCAACAACGACUCCUCCACCAACCGAUAAGGAAGUCCUUUUCCCGUCCUACUUGAUCAACUUGGUCACCUCAGAAAUGUGGAACAAUGGUUUCGUGAAGGAAUCCGAAAGAUUCCUUGCAAAUGUUAUGCAGUCUAUCCAGCAGGAAGUUAUGCAACAUGACGGCGAGGAGGCUAUCAACCCAGGUGCUUUCUGGCUCUCCAAUGUUCAUGAAAUGCUUUCAUUCGUCUUCCUUGCCGAAGACUGGUAUGAGGCGCAAAAAACGGACAAUUACGAAUAUGAUCGCUUACUUGAGAUCGUCAAGCAUGAUCUUGAGAGUUUAGAGUUCAACAUCUACCAUACUUGGAUGAAGGUUCUCAAGAAGAAGUUGCAAAAGAUGAUUAUCCCCGCUAUCAUCGAGUCCCAAUCUCUUCCUGGUUUCGUCACCAACGAGAGCAACCGAUUCCUCGGAAAGCUUCUCCAGAGCAACUCUGCCCCAGCUUUCAGCAUGGACAACCUGUUAAGUUUACUCAACAACGUCUUCAAGGCGAUGAAAGCUUAUUACCUUGAGGACUCAAUUAUUACACAAACUGUAACCGAGCUUCUUAGAUUGGUUGGUGUCACUGCAUUCAAUGACCUCCUUAUGCGAAGAAACUUUUUGUCGUGGAAGCGUGGUCUCCAAAUCAACUAUAACAUCACUCGUAUCGAGGAAUGGUGUAAGAGCCAUGACAUGCCAGAGGGCACUCUCCAGCUUGAACAUCUCAUGGUAAGUUCCUUUCUCUACAACUUAAAGAUAGGGCGCUACUGACUCCUCUUCAGCAAGCAACAAAGCUUCUCCAACUGAAGAAGGCCACCCUCAAUGAUAUUGAAAUCAUUCAGGAUAUCUGUUGGAUGUGAGUUUGCUAGUGCUGUCCCUGAAUUGAACUCUACUAAUAAUGUCCAGGUUGUCCCCUAACCAAAUCCAGAAGUUGCUGAACCAAUACCUUGUUGCCGAUUACGAGCAACCUAUCAACGGCGAGAUCAUGAAGGCUGUUGCCUCUAGAGUGACGGAGAAGAGCGAUGUCCUUCUCCUCACUGCUGUUGAUAUGGAUGAUAGCGGACCAUAUGAAAUUGCCGAGCCACGUGUUAUCACCGCUUUGGAGACAUAUACACCAUCAUGUAGGUUACCAAUCCUUGUUGCCCUUUAACCGCCGCUAAUUUUCUCUCAGGGCUCCAAACUCCUCGCCUGAAACGUCUUGCAGAGAUUGUGUCUGCUCAAGCCAUCGCCCAACAGGAGAAGAUAGAUUUCCCAGUAGAAGAGAAUAACGAUAUCACUGACGACGAGAUGAAUGGGCAAUAAGCAGCUCAUCUGGACAUCAUACUCCAACUCAGAAUUGCGGCCAUAAUUGCGGGGCACAUUAAUGACACCUUUUUCUUCACUUCUCCUGUACUAUUUUCCCCCGACCAUUGGAGGAUCGGCACGCUCAAGAGAUGAGUAUGCCCGAGUCCCUUUUGUAUAUUGGGAGGAUGGAUCUUUGAUUCUGUAUUGCGUAUGUAAAGCCAUGAUGUGGGACUAGUUAACUGCGCUGGGAAACGAUUGCACGAUGCUGUUUUGGCGGGUAGAGGGCUUGGAAUGGAAAUGGACGAGCAUCUAGUGCAUUGUGUAAAAAAAGCAGCUUUCUUCAUUUUUACCUCUUUUGGUCUUUCUUCUUCAUCCGGCGUUGAAAUCCUCGGGUCCUCCCUCUUCCUUGGUUUUUUUCUUCUUGGAUGAUGAUAUGAGGAUGUGUAAUAGUAGGUAGAGAGAGGCUUCUACGAUACGUCUUUUUUCUUUCUUCUUACUACUUAAAUAAAGAAUGGAUAGAACGGGGUUUUCUUGAGCGGUUCUUCUGGUGGAUGGAUUUUUCUCUUCUUCUUCUCCUUGGUUUUUUACUACGACUUUGCCAUUUUUGGUGAGG